AUGACUGGAAAUAAUAAUAAGUUUAUGUGUACAGUUGGAAGUAUUGUACCAAAUGAUGCUUCACAAUUGUAUACUGUAAGGUCAACUGAUAGUGUAGCCACUGCUAUAAAGUUGAUGACAGAGAAGCAUAUUUUGUCAGUGCCAGUAUUUGAUGUAGAACAUAGAGUAUUCAACAGAUUCUUGGAUAUGAUUGAUAUUACAACUUUCUGUUUGGAUCAGUUAUCAGACAAGUUGGACAAUGUCGACAACAUAUUAGCCGUAAAGGAUAUAUUCAACAAUACAAAGUGUGGAGAUAUAUGCGAUGCCUCUGGAAGGAAUCCAUACCGUGCAGUUGAGUCAAGAGCAUCACUUUUGAAUGCUGUUGAACUAAUGGUGAAAUGGAAUGUCCAUCGUUUACCUGUAAUUGACUCUGAAGGAAAUAUGGUAUCCAUCUUGACACAAUCAAGAGUGAUUGGUUAUAUCAAUGAUAACCUUCGAGAGAUUGACCCUAAACUACUUAGAAGUACUCUUUCCAAGAUGGAGAGUUUGGGUACUAGUGAGGUGAUCGGUGUCACAGAGGAAUCCGCUGUUUUGGAUGCUUUCAAGAUAAUGAAAGAAAAGAAAAUCAGUGCUGUGGCUGUAAUCAUUGAAGAUGGUACUAUCGUUGGCAACAUCAGUGCCUCUGAUAUCAAGAUGAUUGGACCUGAGGGCACCUUUGCCAGCAGACUCCAACUCACUGUAAGAACAUUCCUUAACAUGAUACCAAAGGAUCCAACAGAGAAUGAGCAUUUGAGCUCUGUUGUCCAAGUACAAGGAUCAACUACAUUCGAGGACUUGUUGGAGAAAUAUUUGUUGACCAAAGUUCAUAGAGUGUACAUGUUGGAUGACAACAAAAGAGCAUCAAGAAUUAUCUCUCAAGGUGAUGUUCUCAAAUGUAUCAUUGACAAC